AUGCCUUCUCUAAAGCAAAUCUUCAUUCUUGCGGCCCCUUUCAUGGGCCUCAUUCGACAGGUUGCUGCCAAUCCUGAAAUUGACGAGAGCAACGAUCUUAUUGCCCGUGACGAUUUCGAUAGCGACCUAUACGUCAGAGGUGCUGGUAACGGCGUUAUCAAGCGUCCUGGACCUGGCCCCAGGCCACCAACCAUCGUUGUCACUCCUCCUUCACGACGACCACGAUCAUUGAACCGCCGAGGUGCCGGUAACGGGGCUAUCAAGCGUCCUGGACCCGGCCCUAGACCUCCAACUAUAGUUGUAACUCCUCCCCAGCGACGACCCGGGCAUCGAUGA